CAAUAUCUGUGCGGCGGACGAUCGUGACGUCGCGCAAACGUCGUCCAAGUUCACCUUCGAAAACCCGGUCUAACCGGAUAGAUUUUAUUUUUACUCGUUCAUUUAAUAUAACAAAAGUUCGGGUUAGUAUAGCAUAAUAUAUGUUUUUAGUGUUAGGUAUUGAAUUUUGGCAGCGGGACAAAAAUUAUCAGCUUGCGUCCAAGGCCUACCACAAUCCAUGAGUUCUAGCGCGAUCGUGAGUUAGAGUGUCUCGGCGACUACGAUGCAACUGGUUUUCUACUGUACGAGUAUAUAGUUUUCGAAGUGGAUCGAAUGCAAUGCGAUAGUGUAAAAUGUCUAUUGCGUACAAUGGUUCACUGUGUUGAACAGUUCCGCCAUCGAAUUUUUCGUCUCCAGCGUUUCGCGUCAUCCAACAUCGCUUUUCCCGUCGUAUUAUCAAUCGCUCUCGUCAAUUUUCUUGGUAGAGAUAAUUCCGUUUCUCGCACAUCGUUAUACUCCGGAGUUUCCCGGAAGCCGGGGAUAAUGUCCGAACUUUAAGGAAGUGCGGACAAUCGCAGUUGUUCGUAAAAUUUAAAUAGUGAUCGCGGUGUCAUUGUUAUAACGCAACCGCAGCAGCAGCACCAACAUGAACCGGAAGUCGGCGAAGUCUCUUUUGCUGGAGGAAAAAAAAUAUCUAUUGGCGGUACAACGGGGAGACGUGGCCAACGUGCAAAGGAUGAUCCAACGAUCCUUUCGAUCAGAUCACAUAGACAUCAACUGCGUUGAUUCUUUUGGUCGAGGUGCCAUCAACCUAGCAAUCGAAGGUGAAAAUUUGGAAAUGCUCGAAAUGCUAGUGGUAAUGGGUGUAGGACCCAAGGAUAGUCUAUUGCAUGCCAUCAAUGCCGAGUUCGUUGAGGCUGUGGAGCUUCUUCUUCAGUACGAGGAAUUGGUGCACACGGAAGGCGAACUGUACAGUUGGGAAAAAGUGGAUUGGAACAUUGCUUAUUUCACUCCUGACAUCACACCACUUAUUUUGGCUGCACACAAGAAUAAUUAUGAGAUCAUUAAAAUGUUGCUGGACCGAGGAGCAACACUUCCGAAGCCACAUAAAAUCAAGUGUGUAUGUCAUAAGUGUAUUACAUCUUCAAAAAAAGAAUCGUUGCGAUACUCCAUGUGUCGAGUGAAUGAAUAUAGAGCACUGGCUAGUCCUUCUCUGAUUGCACUUUCAUCAGCUGAUCCAAUACAAACUGCAUUCGAGCUGUCCUGGGAUCUGAGAAAAUUGGCUAGAAUCGAAAAAGAAUUCAAAAACGAAUACAUGGAACUCUGUAAACAAUGUGAACAGUUUGCUGUUGAUCUGCUUCGGCAAAUACGAAGCUCUCAUGAAUUAGAUGUCAUUUUAAAACAUGAUUCAGAAAAUGCUCCCAGUAUAGGAUCCAUGAAACUAAGACUCGUUGAACUUGCCAUAAAAUAUAAGCAAAAAAAUUUUGUAGCACAUCCAUAUAUACAACAACUUUUGGCAACGGUUUGGUACGAAGGUCUUCCAGGAUUUAGACGUCUACGUCUUUACACGCAAAUAAUUGAAAUCGUCAAAGUCGUUUUCUUUUUUCCAUUUUAUUGUCUUAUGUACUUAUACGCACCCAGCACUAAAAUUGGAAAAAUAAUGGAAAAGCCAUUUAUGAAAUUUUUAAUUCAUUCAUCUUCUUAUCUUUCAUAUUUAGGUCUAUUGGUACUAGUGUCGCAGAGGGCUGAAACGCAAUUUAUAGAACUCUUCGGAUCUGAAUCAAUGAAAGAAAGUCUGCAACAGCGACAACUCCGGCAACGCGGGAAUGGACCGUCAUUUUUAGAGCUUUUGAUCUUGCAUUUUGUCAUCGGAUACAUCUGGCAGGAGAUAUUGGACGUACGCAGGGAUGGCCUGAAGAGAUAUCUGGCGCACAACGCCUGGAACUACGUGGAAUUUGCCAGGAAUAAGAUGUACGUGUUAGUGAUUGCGCUACGAGUUUACGCAUACAUAACCGAAAAUUCUCAAAUAGCUUACGACCCCUCUUCGGCAUUCAUUCCAAGAAAUAAAUGGCAAACUUUCGACCCUCAACUCGUGGCCGACGCUCUAUUUGCUGCCGCCAACAUACUUAGCGCUUUAAAGUUGAUCCAUAUGUGUUCAAUAAGUUCACAUUUAGGACCGUUACAACUAUCAUUGAAACGCAUUCUGAUCGAUAUACUCAAGUUCUUCAGUUUUUACAGUUUGGUUUUAUUUUCAUUCGCAUGUGGACUCAAUCAGUUAAUGUGGUAUUUUGCUGAUCAAGAACGAAAAAGAUGUAACAAUUCAACAGAAGCUGAAUCAUGCUCGAAAUGGAAGAAUUUUGGAAAUGUGUUUGAAUCUAUACAAACUCUGUUUUGGACGGGUUUUGGUGAAGUCAACCUUGAAACCUUUGAUCUACCAGGAAUGAACCCUUACACGAGAUUCUGGGCACUUUUUAUGUUCGCUGCUUACUCGGUAAUUAACGUUACGAUUAUGUUGAACCUGCUCAUUGCUAUGAUGUCUAAUUCCUAUUCUGUCAUUGAGGGUCAAUCGGACGUGGAAUGGAAAUUUUCUAGAUCAAAACUGUGGUUAAGUUUGGAAGAAACACCGACACUCCCCUCGCCUUACAACGUGUAUCCAACGGCGAAACACUUCAAAAAGCUUUAUCAUUACAUACGGAAGUCUAAAAAAACUAAUCCAUGGUCUCAGAAUGAUAAAUCCAACAGUAUAAUUAAUCUAAAUCAAAGGGAGAGUGAGUUUGCCACUGUGAUGCGAGCCCUUAUUUGGCGAUAUAUUUCCAUGAAACAUCGAGAAAUGGAAAACAUGGGUGUAACUGAGGAAGAUAUAAAAGAAAUAAAGUCUGAGCUCAGCACGAUGAAAUACGACUUUCUAGAAGUACUCCGGAAAAACGGUAUGGAAGUUCCCAGAGACCAUCGUAAAAAGAGCAUGGACAGAAAGUCUAAAAUUUGGGAACGACGAUUGAUGUCGGACUUUUACGUGGCACCAAUGUUUCCGAGCGGCAGUACUUACAAUAGUAGCAGUAACAUUGAUAAGUCACUUAAACAUCAAUUGCGGCCUAUCGAUCGGUUUCGUAAGGCUGUUCGAAUGGUGGCGGCCAACUCGAUAUCCAACAAAUGGCGGACCACCAUUUAUGACGUGUAUCAAAACUCACAGAUAGGCACUACAACCGGGAUCGGUUCUUAUAUUAACAAGCAGAAUCUGCAGUGGGCCAUGAACGAGGUAUGGGCUCUACGAGAAAAAGAACCAUCGACAAGUUACACACCAACGACGACAAAUCAGACGGCGACUACGUCGCAGUCGUCUACUUCAUGCCCGUUCGAAUUACCGAAGCGUCGGAACACUCUGCGUGCGCUCAUAGAUGAGCACCGCCGAAGUGAGAACCAAUUCCACCACGGGUCCGGUGGGGAUGCUACAUUGUGGACGGCCCCCGUGCCGGUUCGCGGGCAACUACUAAAAGCGCCAUCGAUGUUACACCAACAACAGCAGCAGCCCGCCUUGAAAAAGUCCGCGUCCGUCUGGUACGCCGCACCACCCGCGCCAGACAGACCGCUAGUCACCCGGAGGAGCAUGCCAAAUCUGCAAUCUGGAAUCACAUUCGACCGUCGACAGAGCUCACGGCAAUUCUCUGGACCCAUAAUCGAAGAAAACUGAUGUGUUAUACGGUUUUUUCCAAUUUUAAGAGGCUUAUCACCUAAAUGCACCCUAAUGCAAUAAAUCAUAGGAAUCGA